AUGGCCACCACCGAUGACAAAUGCGACAUGGACGUACUAACGUCCGUCCUUUCCGCCAUGACUUUUCGUCAUCAUGACGACCACCUCGUGACCCAGCGCCCCGCUGCCACACUUAAGGAGAUCCUCGAAAAGAUCCGUUCUAAUAAAGACCAGAUCCGUGAACUGGAUUUAAAGGAAAUGGCAGCCAAAAAGCGCAAGUUGCGCUCGUCUGGUGGAGAUCUGGUAGGUCGUGUCUUCCAGCUGAACCGUACAGUAUUGCGUCUAUUGCUGUCAGACCAUGAGAUUGGAGACGUGGGUGCUCAGUCCAUGGGGAACAUGCUCCGAGCGAACAACACUCUGCAACACCUAGACCUAAGAGGUAAUGAAAUCACGGCAGACGGGGCAUGCGCACUUAGUGAUGCACUGUAUGGCCACGAAACAUUGGAACAUUUGGGUCUUUCCAGUAAUCAAUUGGGGGACGAUGGUGCGAAAGCUGUAGCUAAAGUGUUGCCUUAUAACAUUUCAUUGAAAUAUUUGGGUCUCGCGAAUAAUAAUAUUACUGAAGAAGGAGGGAAAGCUAUACUCGAUGCAGUGCUACAGAAUCGGUCUUUGGUCAUGGUGCAGCUGGUAAAAAAUGAUAUUCCUCAGGAUGUCCUAGACAGGAUCCGAGCGGCUUUGGUCGUGAACAAACUCAUGCAAAAGAAAGCUGAGCGAGAUGAGAAAAAGGAGCUAAUGAUGGACGAGGAGAGAGAAAAGGAGACGGAAAUGUUGAGAGAGCAAGCGCUGUCGAAUCGGAAAGACGCCGGAAGCUCCAGUGGCAGCGAUGAGGAGGACGAGUCGUUGUGGAUUUAG